AUGUUCCUCCAACGCUCCGCCUUCACCGUCGCCCGGCGCGCCGCCGCUGGUACCUUGGCUAAGCGCACGUUUGCCAGCUCUUUCGUCGCUCGCGACUCGAAGCCCGGUACCAAUGUGGGCAACACGAUGAAGAAGUUCGAGGAGGUUAAGACCAUGGAGGACCUUCUCCCUAAGACUGGUGCUGCCCCCGGAACCGUCCCCACGGAUUUGGAACAAGCUACCGGUCUGGAGCGAUUCGAAAUCUUGGGAAAGAUGGAGGGUGUUGAUGUUUUCGACAUGAAGCCGCUGGAUUCGUCGAGGAAAGGCACGCUUGACAACCCGAUUGUCGUCAAGUCGUUCGGUGACGAGCAGUACGCCGGCUGCACCGGCUACCCUGCCGACUCCCACGUCGUCACAUGGCUUACGAUGUCCCGCGACCGACCGGUUGAGCGGUGCCCCGAGUGUGGCAAUGUCUUGAAGAUGGAUUACGUGGGUCCUCAAGAUGACGGACACCACGACCACCACCACGAUGAUGGCGCGCACAACUACGAGGGUGAGCCCAAGACCUUCGCCGACUUCGUGAAGCCCGAAUACCGAACUCUAUGAUCGGGAAUUUUGGAAGAGUGGGGCUCGAGAUGCAAACUGUACAUUUUCUUUAGAGCCUUUGCAUCUGGUUUUUGACGCACCGGGCGGGAUUGUAGCAUAGUGGAAUGGGGAGAAUCUCUAUCAAACUUGACCUUCAUGCAUCGUAUACUCAACUCGCCGUAGGUUAGUUAUCUCUAUCACGCAGGAUCCAUGGCGAGGUUCUCAUACCCCAGAGCCCCACCUCUUGUCAUGUCAGAAUAAAUGCUGGCCUCGUAGUAUCUCCUACGUCUGCUCUACCUAAAAAAACAUAAAGCUGCU